GAUGGAACAAAAGUAGGACUUUUAAAAUGGUGCCCAGUAAGAAGAGAAGACCCGCAGUGACCGAGUCCCCACAGCAUCAGGGCAUCCAGGAGGAGGGUGACCUAGACCUAGAGUGGGCCGAUAAACCAGGAUCUGAGCAGGUCGAAAGCCUGGGGUCCUCGUCGCUGCCCCAGGGCCUCGAAGCGCCGUCUGUGCAGGACGCAGCGUAUCCGCUCGGUGUGGAGGCCCCGUCCUUGAGCUCUGGGCUGCUCACCCAGGACGCAGGGGUGCCAGUGCCAGAAGCUGUCGGCGUGGCCGUCCCUAAGGGCAGCGCCCUGGCUUCCCCGGAGUCCUCCCGGCCCCGUGACACGCACACUGGUAAAGAGAACCUCCAGGCCGCUGGCGCAAAGAGAGGGAAAAAGAUGACGCUCAGGCCCCGGCUGGUUCCCCAGGAAGACAGAAGCGACCCUCCCGUCACAAAGGAGCCCUUUCCAGGAGAACCUGGUGAAGACGUCCAGGGGGAAGGCAGGCCUCAGGCGCAUUCUGGAGGGGCGUUACCGUGGCUGCAGGACAGCCAGCCCGCGAGGGGAGCACAGCCCAGGCCGUCAGCUCAGCCCGACGUUCGCGCCCCUCCCCCAGAGAAGCCACUCGGGAUGUGUGCGCGCCAGGCCGAGGAAGAGGGAGAGGACGGUGGACUCUUCAUUCCGAUGGAAGAGCAAGACGAUGAGGAAAGUGAGAAAAGGCACAAAAAGAAAAAGGGGACCAAGAGGAAACGCGACGGAAGGGGUCAGGGAGAAGGGACUUUGGCCGAUGACCUGAAGCUGGACGACGUGCUCGACCGCACCUUGGAGGAUGGCGCCAAGCAGCACAACCUGACGGCGGUCAACGUGCGGAACAUCCUGCACGAAGUGAUCACAAAUGAGCAUGUGGUGGCGAUGAUGAAGGCAGCUAUCAGCGAGACGGAAGACAUGCCAAUGUUUGAGCCCAAAAUGACGCGCUCGAAACUUAAGGAAGUGGUGGAGAAAGGAGUGGUAAUUCCAACAUGGAAUAUUUCGCCAAUUAAGAAGGCCAAUGAAGUUAAGCCUCCUCAGUUUGUGGACAUCCACCUUGAAGAAGACGACUCCUCAGAUGAAGAGUACCAGCCAGACGACGAAGAAGAAGACGAGACCGCCGAAGAGAGUUUACUGGAAAGCGAUGUUGAAAGCACUGCUUCGUCUCCACGUGGGGCGAAGAAAUCCAGACUGAGGCAGUCUUCGGAGAUGACGGAAACCGACGAGGAAAGUGGCAUGUUGUCAGAGGCCGAGAAGGUGACCCCGCCGGCCGUCAGGCACAUCAGUGCCGAGGUCGUGCCCAUGGGCCCCCCGCCGCCGCCGAAGCCCCGGCAGACCAGGGACAGCGCCUUCAUGGAGAAGCUGCACGCGGUGGACGAGGAGCUGGCCUCCAGUCCUGUGUGCAUGGAUUCCUUCCAGCCCAUGGACGACAGUCUCAUUGCGUUCCGAACGCGCUCUAAGAUGCCCCUGAAGGACGUCCCCCUGGGGCAGCUGGAGGCGGAGCUCCAGGCUCCGGACAUCACCCCCGACAUGUACGACCCCAACACAGCGGAUGACGAGGACUGGAAGCUGUGGCUCGGGGGGCUCAUGAGCGACGACGUGGGGAAUGAAGACGAGGCAGAUGACGACGACGACCCAGAGUAUAACUUCCUGGAGGACCGCGACGAGCCGGACACGGAGGACUUCCGCACUGACCGGGCCGUGAGGAUCACCAAAAAGGAAGUGAACGGACUGAUGGAAGAGCUGUUUGAAACUUUCCAGGAUGAGAUGGGCUUCUCCAACAUGGAAGAGGACGGCCCGGAGGAGGAGGGGCGUCCGGCCGAGCCUCGGCCCACCUUCAACACCCCGCAGGCCCUGCGGUUUGAAGAACCUCUGGCCAACUUGCUAAAUGAGCAGCAUCGUACGAUGAAGGAGCUGCUGGAACAGCUCAAGAUGAAGAGACCUUCGGCCAGACAGCAGCAGGAGGUCGAGAGGGUGAAGCCGCAGGGCGAGAAGGCCCAGCAGACUCUGGUUCUGGACCCGGCGCAGAGGAGGCGGCUCCAGCAGCAGAUGCAGCAGCACGUUCAGCUCUUGACACAAAUUCACCUUCUGUCCACCUUCAACCCCAGUCUCAACUCGGAGGCCAGUACCACCAGGAUAUUUCUUGAGGAGCUAGGAACCUUUGCGCAGAGCUCCGUCGCCCUUCAUCCGCUCAACCCCAAGUUUCAGACCUUGUUCCAACCAUGUAACCUCAUGGGAGCCGUGCAGCUCAUCGAAGACUUCAACACGCACGUCACCGUUGACUGGAGCCCCCGUAAAGCCGUCAAGACUGCCUGUAAAUUUCCCUGUUUGCCAAAGCAAGUGGCCUGGAUCCUGGCCACGAGCAAGGUUUUCAUGUAUCCAGAGCUCCUUCCAGUGUGUUCUCUGAAGGCAAAGAACCCCCAGGAUAAGAAUUCAUUCACCAAGGCCGAGGACAAUCUGCUGGUUUUGGGACUGAAGCACUUCGAAGGGACCGAGUUCCCCAAGCCGCUGAUCAGCAAGUACCUCCUGCCCUGCAAGACGGCCCACCAGCUGACCGUGCGGAUCAAGAACCGCAGCAUGAACCGGGCCCCCGACAACAUCUUCAAGUUUUAUAAGAAGACCAAACAACUGCCCAUCCUAGGGAGGUGCUGUGACGAGAUCCAGCCACAUCAGUGGAGGCCGCCUGUGGAGAGGGAGGAACACCGGCUUCCGUUCUGGCUGAAGGCCAGUCUGCCAUCCAUCCAGGAGGAGCUGCAGCGCAUGGCCGACGGUGCCCAAGAGCCGGGCCACGUGACUGGUACUGCCGAAGUCAAGCCGGACCCAGACCUAGGGAAGGGCAGCUCAGGGCCGGGGGGCGAGACCCGGUACCCGCUGCUGUUGCCGAAGGCCGUGGUGCUGAGGCUGAAGCCGGUGGCCAACUGUUUUUCCAGGAAGGGCUGGAGGCAGAAGCGCUCAUCCGCCCUGAAGCCGCUCCUGAUCAGACCCAGCCCCUCGGCGCAGCCCAGCUCCAGCUCUGGCAGAGCACCCGCCAGGUCCGCACAGGCGGAGGCCCCGCCGGGCAAAACGAUGGUCCGGAUUCCUCCCGCGAUCCAGCCGGCCACCGUCUUGCACGCGGUGCCAGGUGGCCCUCCACUAGGGGUCACCGGGGGUGAUAGUUUCGAGUCUCCAGUGGCACUGCCUGUGAUGCCCCCCGAGGCCAGAAGCAGCUUCCCUCUGUCCGAGCCCCAGACCCUGCUUUCUGCUCCCACGCCCAAAGUAAUGCUGCCCUCGCUUGCCGCUUCGAAGUUUCGAAAGCCCUACGUGAAACGGAGAGGCCCCAAGAGGAAGGGAGUCAAGGCCUCUCUCUGUCUGAAGUCUGUCCCCCUCAUCAACUCUGCACCUGUCAUCUUCACGGUCCCCGCCACCACGGUGAAGGUCGUGAGCCUUGGCAGUGGCUGCAACGUGAUCCAGCCUGUUAACGCAACUGUGGCCCAGACCCCCCAGACCAUCCCCAUCACCGCGCUCCUGGUGAGCCCCGCCCCCUUCCCCUGCCCCCUGAACCAGCCCCUGGCGGCCUCCCCCACCCCGCCGUUAGUUGUUUCCGGCGUCUCCGUGGAUCCUCCUGUGCGGCCCACCCCUGCGGAUAAGGCUCAAGUGGUUUUGGACACCAGCUGUCCUUUGGGAGAAGGGGAAAGUGCCUUUCCAGGUCUGGUACCCAAGUCAGAACCCCGGGAACUGUCUCCUCUCUGCACUACUGUCUGCCCCAAGAAGGAGUGCAGCCCCGGGCCCGUAGCAGCAGACAGAGCGUGCCGGGAAGACCUGUCGGGCAGUGGCGCCUACGUCUGGACGGUCGUGAAGACAGAGGGGGGUGGGCAGGUUGUGGAGCCACUGGCUCAGGGCUUCCAGCCGUCUCUGAACUCUCUUCCUGGGGAUAUGGAAAAAGUGGUCAAGAUGGAGCCUAAGGACCCUGGGGAGGAAGUCUCUAGCGGCUCCCCGGAGCCGGCCGUUUGUGGCGGAAUCAAAGAAGAGCAUUCCGUGGACGUGGACGCUGGCUUCCCACGCGAGGCGCCAGGCAGCGCUGCAGAGGCGAGGAAACAGGCCUCGCACAGGGAGGAGAGGGGUCGGCCGGCUAGAAGCCCCGCAGCUUCUCAAGGGCCUCCCACAGCGGGGGACUCAGGAGACGGGAGCAAAGAGUCUCCCGAGAAUGCGCCCUCCUCCACCGACCCCGAGGGGGUGCUCACCAGCCCCCCAGGGAGACCCGAAGAUAUACCCAGCGCGGAUGGUCAGUCGGCGGGGACUGCAGCUGGGCCCGAAGCAGGAGGAGAGAAGGAUGGGCCGGAGGAAGAGGAAGAAGAGGACUUCGACGACCUCACCCAGGAUGAGGAGGACGAGAUGUCAUCAGCUUCCGAGGAGUCUGUGCUCUCGGUCCCGGAGCUGCAGGAAACGAUGGAGAAACUGACUUGGCUGGCGUCCGAGCGGCGCGUGAGCCAGGAGGGUGAGUCCGAGGAGGAGAACUCGCAGGAAGACAACUCGGAGCCCGAAGAGGAGGAGGAGGAGGAAGCGGAGGGCAUGGACAGCCUGCAGAAGGAGGACGGAGCGGCAGACGGAGCCAUCGGGGGCCUCGCUGAGAAGCCCCCCGCUCCCUUCGCCUCGCCCGAGGCCGCCCCGGAAGCAGAGACCAGCAGGACGCCAGCAGAGGGCGCCAAGGCCACUGGGAGGGGCCGGAGCUCGCACCGCGCACGCAGCCGGCGGGGAAGCCGGGCCCGGGCCAGCAAGGAUGCGUCCAAGCUGCUGCUGCUGUACGACGAGCACAUCCUGGAGCGGGACCCGCUACGGGCGCAGAAGGACCUGGCCUUCGCGCAGGCGUACCUGACCAGGGUGCGAGAAGCCCUGCAGCACGUCCCUGGCAAGUACGAGGACUUCCUUCAGGUCAUCCACGGUUUCGAGUCGGGUCCGCAGAGGCAGACAGCUGUGGAGCUCUACGGAAGCCUGCGGCUUCUGCUCCAGGACUGGCCGCAGCUGCUGAAGGACUUCGCUGCCUUCCUGCUGCCCGAGCAGGCUCUGGCCUGUGGAUUGUUCGAGGAGCAGCAGGCUUUCGAGAAGAGUCGCAAGUUUCUCCGGCAGCUGGAAAUCUGCUUCGCAGAAAACCCUUCCCACCACCAGAAGAUCAUCAGGGUGCUGCAGAGCUGUGCAGACUGCCCGCCACAGGAGGUCACCGAGCUCAAGACGCAGAUGUGGCAUCUCCUCAAGGGCCACCACCACUUGCAGGACGAGUUCUCUGUCUUCUUUGACCACCUGCGCCCAGCAGCCAGCCGGAUGGGCGACUUCGAAGAGAUCAAUUGGACUGAGGAGAAGGAGUACGAGUUCGAUGGCUUCGAAGAAGUGGCACUGCCUGAUGUGGAAGAGGAAGAGGAAGCUCCCAAGACACCCACAGCCUCGAAGAGCAAAAGGAGAAAGGAGAUUGGGGUCCAGAGUCACGACAAGGAGGCGGAGUGGCCAGACGGGGCCAAGGACUGUGCCUGUUCCUGCCACGAAGGAGGCCCCGAUUCCAAGCUGAAGAAGAACAGACGGAGAAACUGUAGCCACUGCAGCAGCAAGGUCUGUGACAGCAAGUCCUACAAGAGCAAGGAGCCCCAUGAGUCGGGGGGCGGCAGCCCCCACCGAGAGGCCAGUCCUCCGCCUGGUGCUAAGGAAGCCAGGCUGGGCAAGGACGCGAUGGAGGAGGAAGCCCCGGAGGGGCGAGAAGCUGCGGAGGCACCUCCGGGCAGGCCCAGCCGGAGUUCCCGAAGAGGAGAGGUGCCAGCCCCAGGGCUGGCCACGGGGAGCACUUCGCUGGCCCCUCAGGAAGCGACUCUCACGGACCAGCAGCUCCUCCCAGGUGGCCCACCACCUUCCUCACCAGAGACUCCUCAGUGUCCCCCCCACGCUGAAGCUGCGUCAGACACCACAGCCAGCCAGCCUGGGCCUAAGGCGCCCCCCUGCCCGGACGUGUCCCCCGGGCUUCAGGGUGGGGGGCUGGGCCUCAGUGCAGCAGGCGAGUCGGAGGCAUCUGUGCCCAUCUGGGGCGCUUCAGAAACUGAGAGACGGCCUGGAACUGUGGGUCCCCCUGCUCCCUUCCCGAGUCCUGUUCCCUCAGGGACCCGAGACUUCGGGAGCAGGCAGGUGUCCGGGAAGCCAGACCAUCGCGAGGGCUGGCUGCCUGUGGGCAGGGCCGGGGCGCAGACCUCAGAUGAGAAGGCUGUUGCCCAUGAGUCCUCUCGGUCGGGAAGUGACACUACAGAGACUUUUCCCAGAGCUCCUCGGGGGGGUCUGGCUACAGACAGUGGACUGCAGGAGAGGGGUCCAGAGGGCGAGCAGCUGCCCAAGGCCGCCGAAGUCACAGUAUGUGCCAACAACAGCAAGGUCAGCUCCACCGGAGAGAAGGUGGUGCUGUGGACAAGGGAGGCCGACCGCGUGAUUCUGACUGUGUGCCAGGAGCAAGGGGCACAGCCGCAGACGUUCCGCAUCAUCUCCCAGCAGCUGGGAAAUAAGACGCCGGCCGAGGUGUCGCACCGUUUCCGAGAGCUCGUGCAGCUCUUCCACACGGCCUGCGAGGCCAGCUCCGAGGACGAGGACGACGCAGCCAGCACCAGCAACGCAGACCAGCUCUCCGACCACGGGGACCUCCUGUCUGAGGAGGAGCUGGAUGAGUGAGACGCGGGGCGUGUGGACCUCGUCUGCCCAGGGUCACACCCCGGGGGCAGCCUGAAGACAGCCGGGGUGCGGCCUUUGUGCAUGCCCGGGCUCAGCGUGCAGGGCUGCAGGAGCCGGGCCGGGGACCAGGACAAAGGCAGACGCUACUUGGGGUCUUUUUUGAAGACCCUGGAGUCUGCUUUGUAAAUAGUGUCGAGGGGCGUGGGGGAGACGGGCUCGGCGCCACAGCCACGCUGCCCCGUGCCCAACGGCGCACGUUCGUUUCCCGCGAUCUGAACACAGCGCGGGUGCGCGCAGCCCCCACACACGGCUCCCGC